AUGACUCUUCUGAAAUCGCUCUGGCUAACGGGCUGGCUAACAGUCCUUUUCCACAGUAGUCGUAUCAACGCCAUUGCUCUCAACAUAUCGCAACCUCACAGCGCCAACCUUCGCUAUCUUUUGACUAAUGAAGAGCACAGGUGGUCAUUCAACACGUCGAUCAACUUCGCCGGAUCAAGUGACUUCUUCGCUUAUACAGAGAGAUGGACAACAUUCAGUGCUCCAACAUAUGCGGCCGUGAUCAGUCCAGGAACAGAGGAAGAUGUUGUCAAGAUUAUUAAACUUGCAACCAUGCAUAAUAUUCCCUUCCUUGCUACAGGAGCUCGUCACGGGUAUACAACCACUCUGGGAGAGCUACACAAUGGCCUCGCGAUAGAUCUCAGUCAUUUUAAAGAAUUCGGACUAGACGUGGAUGCAAAAACUUUGACUGUCGGUCCUGGCGUCACCGUUGGUGAAAUAUUCGAUCCGCUAUUCAGUGCUGGGUUUGACAUCCAGACCGGCAGCGCGCCUUGUCCCAGCUUCAUCGGGGUCACACUUGGCGGCGGUGUUGGUCGCUUUCAAGGCGUUUACGGCUUACUCGCUGACGCGCUCAUCUCGGCUCGUCUCAUCACUGCCAACGGUGAGAUUAUAGAGGUUUCAAGACAUAGCUACCCCGAUUUAUUCUGGGCGAUUCGUGGUGCCGGUGCAAACUUCGGCGUUGUAACCUCUGCCACUUACAGCGUUCAUCCGCUAACAAACAACGGGGACAUGUUUGUUGCGGAAUUUAUCCUUCCACCUCCGAGGUGGUCGGAGUACCUCCGAAAGAUGGAAUCUAUGUCACCGCUACCGGCUGAGCUAUCCUCUCUGUUGCUGAACAGCUUUAACAGGACCACAAACCAGACUCAAUUGUAUGCGCAUUGGGCUUACAAGGGCACUGAAACUGACGCCCGUAAACAUUUGUCACCAAUCUUGACCAUGAACCUCACCACAACUCAAAUGAGAGUGCUUCCCUGGAACAGACUAGUGGAGAACACAUUCGCUGGAGCUGCCGUUACUGUCUGUGAACCCAACACCAAGCGAAAUCUGUACACCUUGAGCAUGAGAAAUUACUCAGCAUCGACUUGGGAAGCUGUGUCUUCCAAGCUGGCGACUUUUUACGCAGAGUAUCCGCAGGCGCGCAGUUCCUCUCUUCUUUAUGAAUUCUUCCCAAAUCAAGCUAUGGCUGCCAUUCCCCAAGACGAUACUGCGUUUCCGCGCAGGGAUACAACGGCAUAUAUAAACCUUAUCUUGACUUCGAGCAUUCAUAAUAGUGAAACUGACGAUGCUCUGGCCAGGUUUGGUGAAGAAAUUCGUCGGGAUGUGGCCGCAACGUCCGGGUAUCCAGAAAUUACAACGUUCGUCAAUUAUGCCCACGGUGACGAGACACUGGAGCAGAUCUAUGGGAAGGAAAAGCUGGCACGCUUGGCAGCGCUGAAGAAGAUAUGGGAUCCUAAGGAAGUCUUCAGCUUCAACAAUGGCUUGCCUACUAGGUAUCCUUGA